AUGGCGACUAUUUCUGUUCUCGACUUUGAGCUUGGCGGCAGUCUUGUUCAGUUUGACACCUGGCUCAGUGACCUGCAGCUUUACCUUUUGACCAAUACCAAGGACGGAGCCUCCCUGCUAGACUAUGUCAAUGGCACUGCCCCUGCUCCCGCUGCUACUGCUCCUGCCUCUGAACGCGCUGAAUGGCAGACCCGUGAUGCCCUUGCCCGCCUAGCUAUUCGCAACCACCUGCCUAUCUCCGAGCGCGCACACUUCAACCAGCUUAAGACUGCUAAGGAACUGUUUGACGCAGUAGUUGCCCGCUAUUCCGCCCCAGCCACUGCCGCCGUUGGUAGCCUCAUCCUACCCUACCUUUUCCCCGACCUCGCCUCGUUUUCCACUGCUGCAGACCUCAUCUCUCACCUCCGCACUAGUGACGCUCGCUUUCGUGCCGCUCUCUCUGACGAGUUCCUCGCCGAGAACAAACCCCCCCUGUACUUUACCCUCUACAUCCUAGUCACCCGCCUUCCCGACACGCUCCGUUCCGUUAGGGACUAUUUCCUCGCCAAAGAUCCUCCCACCAUCACCCUAGAUGACUUCGAGCAGCAGCUAGUUGCAGCUGAGAAGAACAUUCUUGCUGUGAAUGCUGCUCGUGGCACUCCCCGCACUCCCCUCUUUGAGGGAUGCUCCCCCUCCCCUCUUACCCCCUCCUAUGCCUCUGCUGCUGCUGCUGUUGACCUUCUCGGCGCUAAGAAGGUCCACGCCGCUUCUGCUCUUGGUGGGAAGCGCGGCGGAGGCAAGGGGGGCAAGGGGGGCAGGGGUGGCGGAGGUGGCGGCGGUGGGGGCGGUGGUGGAGGUGGCGGGGGUGGCGGCGGUGGUGGGGGUGGCCGUGGGAGUGGAGGUGGGGGGUGGGGUGGUGGCAGGACUGGGGGCGGUGGUGGCGGCAACGGAGGUGGUGGGGGAGGAGGCAGCGGCACUGGUGGUGGAGGUGGGGGUGGGGGUGGAUCUGGCCAAAAGGGUGGCGCUGGGGGCGGCCAGCAGCAGCAGCAGCGUCCGCCUCCCACCUCCCAGCAGCUCCAUGACUGGUAUGCUGGGCGUGGGGCGUCUAGGGGCUCUGACCGCUGCCCCUAUGUCAUUCGCACAGGUCCCCGCCAGGGUCGCACCUGCGACGGUUUUCACACCGAGUUCCGCUGCUUCGCUAGGCUUAGUGACGCCUGGCGCGCAAAGUAUCCUGAUGCUACUGAGUUCCCCAACUGGGCAGAUCUGCUUAGGCGUGGUGUUCCUAUCUUUGAUCUGGACUAUGAUGCUAUUCUUGCUGCUAUGUAUGCAUUGACUGUUAGUGCUGAGGGUGACUGUUACUUGUGUGUGCCGCCUGACCCAGGUAUAGAGACUGCAGCCCUAGGUGCUAGUGAGUCUGCUCUCCCUGGUACUGCGUCCGCUCAGGCUUUGCACACGUUCACACUUGACUCUGGUGCUUCGCGCUGUUUCUUUCGCGACAGCACCACUGUCACCCCUCUCCCUGCACCUGUUCCUGUCUCACUGGCUGACCCCUCUGGGGGUCCAGUGCUUGCACGGGCCGCGACUGUGCUUCCGUGCCCAGCGGUCCCGUCUGGUGAGCUGUCUGGUCUCCAUGUUCCCUCGUUCUCUACAAACCUGGUGAGCAACGCCGUCCUUCAGGAUCACUGGGUUGACACCUGGACUCCUGGAGGACAGCGUGUGGCGAUCUGUACAUGCUCCAAGACCGGCCGCCACCUGGCCACGUUCACACGUGAGCCAGGGUCUAGUCUGUACAUGUCAGAGGUCCACUGGUGA